AGAAAAAGGCGCAGAAUUAGACGUGUACAACGGCUCCCUUCGGUUUCGGAGGGAGGGCUUUUAGGCUUUUCCUUUGCUUUGACCGAAACGGGGUUUCCGUUCAGCUCAAGGAGUUCCGAUCCAAAGGAGAAAAAGUCUCUCUGUUCUCAGAUUUACGCUUCUCCCUUAAUCGCCAUUUUUUCUCUUCUCUUCUACAUUUUCCCUUUUCCCUUCUUUUCCCACUAAUUACGUUUCAAAUUCACGUAAAUUUCUUUCUUUUUUUUUGGAUUAUUUUAGGGUUAUCUUGGUUUGAAUUUGAGUUUCUGUGCGUUUAAAUGUUGUGAAUGAGCGGCAUUGCUGAAAUUGAUGAGUGGUGCACAGGCUGCUGAUCGUUUGAUUUUGUGAACUGUUUGGGAUGUGGUUUUUUUAAUUUCCGAGAGCUCAGAGGAUUAUUAUGGCUACCAAAAAGGAUGAAUCAACUUUGCUACAGCAGAAAAUGGCUAGCAAAAAGGAAGAGCCGUCUCAAGCACACCAGAAAAUGGAAGAGCCAUCUCAAGCUCAACAGAGGAUGAUGCCCAAAAGGGAUGAGCGGGAGCCAUCACAAGGAAAUCAGGGAGAUGCAUCAACUGCUGCAGCUCCUCCAGGUCCAGCCAGUCCAACGGAUAAUCUGAAUUCUCGUAGUGGCAACUCAGCAAACAGCUCUUCCCCCAUUGUUUUAAAGAGUGGGCCACUUUUUCUAUCAUCAAAAGGAAUUGGAUGGACAUCAUGGAAGAAAAGGUGGUUUAUUUUGACACAUACUUCGCUGGUUUUCUUCAGAAGUGAUCCUAAUGCUGUUUCUCAGAAGGGGAAUGAAGUGAAUUUAACUCUUGGUGGUAUUGAUCUCAACAAUUCAGGCAGUGUGGUUGUCAAAGCUGACAAAAAACUCAUAACCGUACUAUUUCAAGAUGGCCGCGAUGGACGAACCUUCACACUCAAGGCUGAAACUUUGGACGAUUUGUACGAGUGGAAGGCUGCACUUGAGAAAGCUUUGUCACAAGCACCAAGUUCUGCUCUUUCAGCGGGACAAAAUGGCAUCUUUGGGAAUGAUCAGGCAGAAGCAGUUGAUGGUUCUAAGGAACCGGUGAAUGAUAAACAGCCUGUGAGAUCCUCUGUCUUACACAGACCAAUUUUACUUGCACUGGAAGAUGUUGAUGGAGCUCCAACAUUUUUGGAGAAGGCCCUGAGAUUUGUAGAAGAGCAUGGAGUCAAAGUAGAAGGGAUCUUACGGCAGGCUGCAGAUGUUGAAGAUGUUGAGCGCAGAAUUCGGGAAUAUGAACAGGGAAAAAUUGAGUUUUCUCCCGACGAGGAUGCACAUGUCAUUGCUGACUGUGUCAAGUAUGUAAUUCGAGAGUUGCCUUCUUCUCCUGUCCCUGCAUCAUGCUGCAAUGCGCUACUAGAAGCAUGCCGAACCGAGCACAGUGCUAGAGUCAAUGCUAUGCGUAUGGCAGUAUUGGAUACGUUUCCUGAGCCCAACCGUCGCUUAUUACAGAGAAUUCUAAAUAUGAUGCAAAUUGUGGCUUCUCAUAAAAAUGAAAAUCGAAUGAGCUCUUCAGCUGUUGCAGCAUGCAUGGCACCCUUGCUUCUUCGCCCGCUUCUAUCCGGCGACUGUGAGAUUGAAAGCGAUUUUGAUGUGGGUGGUGAUGGCUCAAUGCAACUGCUGCAAGCUGCUGCUGCAGCCAAUCAUGCUCAAGCCAUUUGUAUAACACUACUGGAAGAGUAUGAUAAAAUAUUUGGGGAAGGUUGUGUUUCCCAUGAUAUGUACUCUGACUCAGAAGAGAGUGGAAGUGGAAGUGAGGAGGAAGCUGAUGAUGAUGAGUCUGAUGAAGAUGAUGAAGAUUAUGAAGACGAUGAAUGUGAUGACGAAUCACAAGAGUCUGAUGAGGAUGAUGACUAUGCAGAAAGUGGAACAGGCAGCGAGGGUGGUCAUUCUGUUAAAAGUGAUGAUAAGGAUUAUGAUUCUUCGAGCUCUAGUUCUGAGUCCUCUAAAUCUGGUAAUUAUGUCCAAGCCACCAAGAAAAAAUCAAGUCCACUUCAUCCAAAUGAUGGGUCAAAGAGGAAGGAAGAUAACCGAAUUAGUAAAAGUUCAGAAACUGAGACCAAUAAGCCAGCUGAGCUGUCAAAAGGUGUUCAUGGAGUAACCAAGUUGGAGGAUACAUCAACUCGUCAGAAUUCAAUCACAUCCGCCUCAAAACCCCCAGCUGUUGGAAAUGGACCUGGCCUCAAUGUUAGGCAAGGAACUAUGUGGAGGAGUAGUGGAAGCAAGAAACUAUCUAUGGAUUCCAUUGAUUAUCCAAUUGAAGAAGAGGCUGCGGUUGAGUCACUUGAGGCUGAAAAAUUGGACUUGCAAAAGAGACUCACAGAAGAGAUUGAAAGUAAUACCAUUCUUGAAGCCAACUUGGAGAAACGAAAGAAGGCACUGCAUGAGCAACGUCUAGCUCUUGAGAAGGAGGUUGCAAGGUUAGAGGAAGAGCUUCAAAGGGCGAGAGAAAAGAGGACAGCUCUGGAAGCAGGACUUAACCCAUCUCAAGGACCCACAUCUCUCCCAGAGAAGAUUGACGAAAAGACAAAAGAAGAUCUCAAGGACAUAGCUCGGUCAGAGGCAGACGUAAGAAAUUUGAACAAAAGGGUUAAUGAGCUGGGGACACAGCUUAAUCAACAGCCUGAGCAAAAGUCUGUUUCCAUGAGUGACUCAUGCACUCAACGUGAACCAAAUCAUCAAACAAAAAUGAAGGAUAAGACAAAGGGUGCUGAAGCUCCUAUGAGGUCAAGAAGCAAGAAGGAAAUGAAAGUCGACAAAGCGGAAGGUGAGAAAGGGAAGAAGCAAGAAUCAUCUAUGGCAAAUAGACAUAGGAAUCCGGUUCAGCAGGAAAUGGAUGUGGACAAAGCGGAAUCUGAGAAAGGGAAGAAGCAAGAAUCAUCUACCGCAAAUAAACAUAAGAAUCCGGUUCAGCAGGAAACGAAUGUGGACAAAGCUGAAUCUGAGAAAGGGAAGAAGCAAGAAUCAUUCACGGAAAAUAAACAAAAGAAUCUGCUUCAGCAGGAAACGAAUGUGGACAAAGUAGAACCUGAGAAAGGGAAGAAGCAAGAAUCAUCUACGACAAAUAAACAUUCACCUCAAAACCAACAAUUAGAUCAUUCGACACAUGACAGCAAGCCUACAAGUGCAGCAGAGACAGUUUCACACAAGCGCCACACUAGAAGUAAUUCCAAGAAGUCAUCUACAAGGGGUGAGGAGCGGCGAAGCCAAGCUGCAAAUGAAACACAUGGCAAGGAGAAAAGCUAUGGUUCAAGUCAAGGUGUCUCAAGCUCCUCCUCAGAUAAAGGCAAAGGACCAGAAGCUAUCCAGUCUGUUAAAAAUCCAGAAAAAGGUAGAGGAUCCGACAUUAGCCAAUAACUCUAGAAUCCGGGCAAAGGGGUUUGAUAAGAUCAAAUAAAACCCAUUUUUUGAGACAGGGAAUGAUCUAAAGGUCGUGUUGUCCUACAGUUCAGAUUAAGCUCAAGAAUUAGGUUAGUCUCUUGCUAGUGGAUUGUAUACGAUCUGCUGAUGAUGGUGCUUUAGAACACGAGGAAAGUUUACUGGGAGAGAGAGGGAUGCUAUUAUUAUUGGUAGGAGACUGACUGGUGAUGCCCAUAUUAACAGCAAGAGAAGAGGCUGAUAACCCUUUUUAAUCCAAGAUGUACAUAUAUAUAUAUAUAUAUAUCAACAAGCGUGUCCUAAAUGUAAUAAGCUGAAUAAUUUGAAAUCUUGGUGACUGAUUUUUGUUGUCAGAGAAACCAAGUAAUGUCAGCAAGCAGCAACUACAUAAUUUUGUACGGGCAAAUGCAAUUUCUAAUUUAAGA